ACAAACUUGUAAUCGAAUCAAUCGAUCGAUCUCUCUCUCUCUCUAUACAGUCAGUUCUGUCGCAGAGAGGAGCGAAGAAGAAUAAGAACAAUGGAAGCUGCGAAUACAGAGAAGGCAAUAGCGCAUGAAAUUGGAGGAAUCCAAAAUGAUACAUUUCGUUUUGGACUCCACAGUGUCAAGAGCGACGUCGUUGGAUCUCACCCCCUUCAAUCUGCUUAUCAAUCUACGAAGGAGGUGCAGGAACAGAUGAAAAGGAGAAUUCUUUUGAACACGUACGGGUCGGCACUUCCGUUGAAGAUGGACCUCGAUCGCCAAAUGCUUUCGAGAUUCCAAAGGCUUCCAGGUCCAAUACCAUCUUCCAUGCUAGGUUUGGAGGCACUGACUGGAAGUUUGGAUGGCUUUGGUUUUGAAGAUUACCUCAGUGACCCACAGCAAACCAGGGUGAGAGAAAGCCAUCAAAUUUGCCAAGGAGGGAUGGCACAUGCUCGGACAGCUUUUGGGGAGAGAGAAAUAUAUUAUAUAACAUUAGUGAGAGAAAGCCAUCAAAUUUGUCAAGGAGGGAUGGCACAUGCUCGGACAGCUUUUGGGGAGAGAGAAAUAUAUUAUAUAACAUUUUCUAUUUAAAAAUAUUCUCCACCCAAAACCAUCAUUACAUUUUCCA